GCUUAUUCUCUAGUGUCUGAUUAAUUUCUGUAGUUAUUCAUUUCAAAAACUAAAUUAUUUUUUUGUUGAAAUUAAAUUUGUGUGUCAAUAUGGAUUCAUUAGAAAGUAAUGACCAACUUACAAUAGUUAAUGGAUCAACAAAACAUCGUAUUAGCAAACAACUAAUUCGUAAAGUGCCUUAUUUUGAAAAGAUGUUGAGCUUGGAUUUGAAGGAAUCAAAGGAAAACAAAGUUAUGCUGAAUUUUGAUGAAAAGGCUUUAAAAUCAUUUCUUAAUUGGCUUGAACUUGGUAAUAUAUUCAUCGAGAUGGAUUAUGUAAUAAAUCUGUGCAACAUGUUGGAUUAUUUCGGGAUAAAAGAUGAUUUGAUACAAGAUUGUAUCAAACAUUUCAAUGAUAAUUUUUCAAUCGAGCAUCUUUCUGUUGUUAUACCUCAAGUGACUUCAACAUCUAUGUUGAUCAAUUCUGGUACUCUUAAUGCUUUCAUUUGCCGAUAUUUCACAAAAAUAGUGAACACAUCUGUUUGGUUGGAUUAUCCUAUUGAGACCAUUGAAUAUAUUUGUGCUUUGAACCUGAUGAUUCAUUCAGAAUACCAAGUAUUUGAUGUUAUCAUGAAAUGGGUAAAAUUCAAGGCUGACUCAAGAAUGUGCCAUCUUAACAGGUUGUUGAAGUUAGUGCGAUGGUGUCAUUUGGAAGAUAAGGAAUUAUUCAGAAUAACGGAGCAGGUUCAAUCUCUAAAUUAUCAACCUUCCAAAUUAUGCUCUUUCUUAAAACGAGAUUGUGAUCUUAAUUGCAAUCGGACCCAGCAAGAGCAUUUCAUUGAGAUUUACGAAUUGAAUGCCACAAGUUUGCGAAUCAUAAUAUCUGACAAUAAUUUUUUUCCAUUGAUUGAGCAAGUCGUCAAAUUAAACAAUAGUAUGGCUAUUGACGUUCUUCACGAUGAACAUGUUUCUGAUGUCUUUUUUGAUUCUGGUAUGGAAGGAAUUCGAAUUGAUUGGAAACGCAAUGAAUAUCGUUUGCUUGAUCGAUCGCAAUACGAAACCUAUUUCAUUAAAAUUCAUAAUUGCAUUCAAGAGAAGAACUUGAAAUAUAUAAUUGCGGAUUCAAAAUGUGCAACUGAUAAAUUUCGUUCCCACGUAGUUUUACUUUACGAAGCUAGAGAAAUUUUUAUGUUGAUUUGCGACAGUUUGGAACCUGUAUGCUUGCCAGCAAAUGCCGAACUGAUUUGGAAAUAUUUUCAAACGAAUAAAUCAAACUAUUUCCGCUCAACUAUUUUAGAUGAUAAUAUUUACAUGAUUUCGCCUCAAGAUUUCUUCAAGUUCAACAUUUAUACGCACGAGAAAACAAUUAUCAGACUUGAAAGGUUUAAAAAAGGUCUGCCCUUGGGUAACUUACUUAUAGCUUCUAGAAAAGCCAAUGAUGAUAGAGUGAUUUUGAUUGAUAAGUCCACAAAGGAUGCCUUUUGUUUCAACGUCAACACUCAACAAUGGAGUUCAAUCGGACGAAUCAUUGAUUGUGACCGUAAAUCUCCAGUUGUCCAAGAUUCAACUCAUAAGCUUCUAACUUUAACCUCGACUUUCAUAUCGCUGGAUACUAUCAGCACUUACUUGAAAAAUAAUAAAGGAGGAAGGCCAAAACUGCCUAAAAAACAAAUUAUCUUGUAAUGAACAUAUAUGAUGUAAAACGCAUGCUGAAUUCAUUUCUUCAAUCCAUUUUUCAAAAUAAUUUUUCGUUUCCGAGAUAUCUUACAAAAACGUUGAAAUUGCAUGGAUACGAAUAGCAAAAUGACCAAAAGUGAAACCACUUUCUGAGUCAUUUUUUCAGAUGCAGAAUUUAAUGCUGAUUUCGAAAAAGUGAUUUAUUUUGAUCCUAAAUGACGCAAAACUGGUCAUUUUUUUGAUAGAUGGCAAAAUUCCAUGUAUUGAAAAUACGAAUUGAUAACCAAAGGUGAAACCACUUUCUUAGUCAUUUAGUCAGUUCUUAGUCUUAGUAAAGUUUUGAAUUCAACAUAAAAUUUUACAUAAUAUAUGAUCAUAAGAAAAAAAUUCCAUGCUAGGCAGUUUUCCCUAUUCUUUUGGUAGAUCCUUUGAAGAAUCUAUAAUUAUUCAUACUUUGAGUGCAAAAAACUCAUUGAUA